CUGAGCUUACCGAGAUCAACGAGAGAAGCAGGAAGAGAUGAACGAGCGCCAUCAGCCAAGCAGCUCUCUGGGGAUUUCGCUAUCUCUCUCAGGAAAUGCCAGAGGUUAUGGCUGACAGCGUGGGGGCACUGGUAAUAUUGACAGAGAAAAGGAAGGAACAGGGACCGGGCUUGCUGCAAUGGGUGUUACGAAACUAUCAGCUAUGGCUCCAUCAAUUUGGAAUUGUUAUCCUUUACAUUCGACCACCAAUUCGCUCCAUCAAAAGCGGCAUUGGAGAAGUCCCGCUUGCAAUGGCCAACCAAGAAUUGGUGAAGUCGGCUCGUGAGGAAGAGCGCCGGCGGCUUCAAGAAACUGUGAAAAAGCUUGAGCAUAUUUGCCUCGAGAAUAAGGUUCGAGUAAAAAUCGUAUCCAUUGUGAGCUCUGAGGGCUCUUUAGGCAAGGUUAUCGUCCAGCAUGCUGUCCAGCUUCAGGCCCGAGCAUUGUUUAUGAUCGGACCCUCACAGAAGGGAUUGAAAUGGAAGUUUUCCCGGCAUUUUAGUACUUCAGGUUACGUUAAAAAGAACGUACCUCGCUGGUGCGCAGUGCACAUUGUUUCACACUUCGGCGAUACUGACGACAGUAGCAGCUGCAGUCCUCGCCUUAGCAAAUCAUCCUCACAAAGCAGCUUGUUUUCGAUUAACCAUUCCAAGCCUCUGGAUGACGAACCUCAAGAAGACGACACAAUUGUCGGUCUGGAGGACUGGCUAGACGGCAAGAGUGCAAACAUUCUACGCUGGCGAGACAUCACACAAAUCGCCCUGGAGAUCUCCAGUGCCGUGGCAUCAAGCGCGUUAGAGCACGACGAGGUGACAGCGAGUAGCAUUCUUCUCCGAGGUAAACAUCUCCACAAGGUUCUAGCUUACGAGGGACACGAGAUAGUCCAGCCCCUGGAGAAGACAUCGAGGAACAUAUCCUCGUUUGAAUUGCUCCUCCUCCAGCUGCUGGCGAGGCGGCCAUCGCCGAGCAGCUUGGCCGAGAGGUUCCAGGACGCGCUGCGGCAGGACAAGCUGGAAGCUUUGCUCGAUCCGGCCGCCGGCUGGCCGCUCAAAACCGCCAAAGAGAUCGCGGUCCUGGCUCUCGAGUGCCGGAGGGCCGCCAAGGGCGAUUCGAAGAUCGAGGAGCUGCGAGCGCUACUGACGAGAUCGCUCGGUGGUGACGAAGAGGAAGACGACGAAGAAACAGUGAUGAAGCUAGACUUGGAUUUCUUCCAGCGCACGACGAGAUUUUCGCGCAGCGAAGAUGGUUUGUACGUAGACAUGGAUUUCAAGCUCGAAAAGUAAAAAUGAAGAAAAGAAGAAACCAUCCUUUUUAUCA